GGGAAGCGAUGGAGCCGUGCCCGCCUCUUUUCUCCUUUGUGGCACUUCGCCGGCUCCAUCGGCUGGCAGCGCCUGCUCGCGGCCUGCCCUCCCACGUGCCGCCUGCAUUCACCUUGACACACCAACCAAGCAGCAAAGCUGACAGCAGCGAUGGCCAUGGCGGCAGUCGGAGCACUGACAGCAGCGGCAGCAGCACCAGCCAUAACUCGUUUCCCAUUCUUGUGUUGGCGGCGGGUGCGGGUGCUGCAGCCAGUGGAGUGUGUGGUCAAUGGUUUGUGGGAGGUGAUGGUGGUGAUUGGCGGCAGAGGCAGAGGCAGGGGUUUGUGUUUGCUGGUCAUCACAAUCAACAACGGUCCCGUGUUGCUCUGUGUGAGGGGGAGAGGGGGAGGGGGAAGGCGCUCGGGGAUGUCAGAGGUACGAAUGGGAAUGGACGACUCACAGACAGACAGCCAGGUGGAUGUGUUGUGUGUGUAUCUUAGAUGAGUUGAAUGAGUACUGUCGCUCGUUGGCCAUCCCUGCGCCGCAGUGGCCAGAGUUCUACCAGAGGGGAGGUACGCCUGAGUGAAUGCCUGAGUACGGUGCCGCACCACAGCCACAAACCCGUCACCCUUGUCUCUCUCUCUCUCUCUGUGUGUGUGUGUGUGUUUGCCGUGUGUCAGACCACGAUGUGGUCAAAUUCAGGGUCAGGGCGGACACCAACCUCUACGAGCUGACGGCCGGCAUGCUGCAGAGGUCCACCACACCACACCACACCCUGCACGACAGAAACCUUUGAUCUGCUUGAUUCCUGUCCUGCAGGUUGGCGGCGGACACGCAACACGAAGAUGACUACGACGGCCUUCUCGUGCGACCCAACGCCACACACACUGACACACUGACGCAUCCACGCCUACGCCUAAACACAACUGUGUGUGGUGUGGUGUGGUGUGGUUUGGUGUGGACAGGUGUCGCGGUUCAAGGCCUACCACAGCGGCGAGACCGUCCAGCUGCAGUGCAAGUUCAGGUUCAAGGGCAGCAGACCGCCCGGCAAGCCACACAUCGCUGACAACAAAGAUCAAGAUAAAGAUAAAGACAAAGACAGAAUCGCUCUCGAGGAGGAUGGGUCGUUGGACAUAUUUGCCAAGUCGACCACGCCCGGCUGGUCAACCCAGUCAUCGUCACAGAGCACAAUGGCCGUCUGGGAAGGCGUCACAGGUACACACGCACACACACACACAUCACACCAUCCAUGUGUGUGUCUCUCUCUCUGCGUGUGUGUGUGUGUAGGCACCGGGAGCCCCGACAACCCAGUGGUGGAGCUGAGCAAGCGCCGCAACGGUCUCACGGGCAACGACGUGGCCGCCAUCAAAUUCGGCAUGCAGAUCGGUGUGUAUGUGUGUGUGUCACCAGACACACACACACGUACACCAAACACGGUGUGUGUGGAUCUCUCCCUGUGUGAGUGGGUCUCUCUGUACUAGGCAAUUUGGGAUCUCGCGUGACGAUUGCGGAGCCGUCGACAAGAGCGGGGACGGCGAUACGGAGAUACCACCCUGACGUACGCAUCACUCCCUCCCUCCCUCCCUCUCUCUCUCUGUUUGACGCCUUGUCAGCGCGAGGCUUGUGCGUGCGUGUGUGCAGGGUGAGGCCACCCAGGGUCAGCCGAAUCUCCGCCCCGAGGCCCUCCCGCCCCCACCAAGUGGUCCAGGCCAGCAGCAACAGGCCGACAGCAAGUGGAAGGUGAGUGGCCAUCCAUCUUUCUGCGCGCCCUCCUCAGAGAGAGAGAGAGAGAGAUCAUCAUCGUCUCAGUGUGUGUGUCUGACUGCGCUGUUUGUGUGAGUAGGUGAAGGAGAAGCUGGAGGGCAUGGGGGUGCUGGUGCACCUGCCGGAUGACGAGAAGGAGCAAAUGUCAUGGCAAGACCUGGGCGGAUACGACGACGUCAAGCAGUACCUUACUUACGCACACACACACUCUGAUGGAUGGAUGACCCACACAUACAUAAGAUCCACACACACAGACACACGUGACGCGUGCGACUGUGGGCUGUGCUGUGCUGUGCUGUGUGUGUUGGUCGGUCAUUCACUCAGGCGGAUUGAGGAGUGCGUGUUGUUCAGCCUGACGCACCCAGACCUCUUCGCCCAGAUCACCGAGGGCACCCGCGGGUCAUCCACACGAACGACCGACACGGUCAUCCACACACACCUCAUCUCACCUCUCUGUGUGUUUCCGUUCUCUUGUGUGCACAGGAAGAAGGGCGAGUCGAAUCGGCCCAAGGUCGUGCUGUUCGAGGGGCCGCCGGGCACCGGCAAGACAUCGUCUGCACGCAUCAUCGCCCACCAGGCAAGACGUGUUACGUCGGUCUCUCUGGCUGGGCUGUCUCUACACAGACACACGAGAGAUGAGAUGGUGUGUGUGUGCACCGUGCUUCCCUGCCUGUUGACAGGUGCAAAUCCCGCUGCUGUAUUUGCCGCUGGAGAGUGUGGUGUCCAAGUGGUACGGCGCCUCAGAGAAGAACCUCGCCACCGUCUUUGACAUGUACGCGACGCCCUCACACACACACACACAGACACAGACACACACACACACACACAGAGAGAGAGACAAUCAGGAUCGCCUCUGUGUCGUCUGUGUGCGUGUGUGGUUUAGGGCCAAGACGCUCGCCUCGUCCGGCGGGUGCAUCAUCUUCGUAGACGAGAUCGAUGCCCUGGCGUCGUCGCGAGACGACAUGAAGCAGCACGAGGCCUCCAAGCGGAUACUGAGUGUGCUGCUGCGCAAGCUGGACGGCUUCGACACGCUCAAGGACAAGACCAUGCUCAUCUGCGCCUCAAACAGGUCGGACACAGACACCUCCUUGUGUGAAGCGGAGCGGACAUCUGUUCGUUCGUAUGUUGUCGGUGUCUGGUGUGCAUGUGCAGGAAGCAAGACCUCGAUGACGCCUUUCUGAGCCGCGUUGACUCGUCCAUCUACUUCCCUCUCCCUGAUUCAGACGUCCUUUCCCCCUCUCCCUCCCCCUCCCCCUCCCCCUCGCUAACCCCACCACACGGCCGUGCUUGUGCGUGCGUGUGUGUGUGUGUGUGUGUGUGCAGGCCCGCGAGAAGAUCUGUGAGAAGUACGCCCAGCACCUGACGGCCUGGGAGCUGAAGCGCCUCGCGAACGAGACCAAAGGCCUCUCUGGCAGAAACAUCAAGGCAGGCCCAUUACCCCCCCGCCACCCCCACCCUCCCUCCAGCGGACAGACCUCCAGACCCCCUCUCUCUGUGUGUGUGGAUCGUCCAACAGGAUCUGUGUCAGGACGCAGAGCGACGCUGGGCGUCCAAGAUCAUCCGCGAACGCAAGCAGCAGCAGGACAGCCCGGCCAGUAUAGAGGGUGGGGGAGGUCCUGCGUCGGACACCGCGACGGCGAAGGUUACUUUGCCGCCUUUUGAUUUCUACCUCGACUCGUGCCGAGCCAAGGUCAGGCAGCAGCGGGGCGGAGUAAAUGGAUGACAAAAAUGGGAUGUGUGUGAGUGAGUGAU